AUUUUUUGGGUCCCUGACUGCCGCACCAUUUAGAAUUAGGUCAGACCACCCACAGCAUCAAAUCACAGCUGAACCUGGACUCUGUCAAUAAUUGGCUCAGGCCAGAUCUGCCCUCCACGCUUGAAGGUUGGGCUGCAUGGACCAAGGCCUGUUUCCCUGAUGCUGUGAGCAUCCUUGGCUGGUUCACUGCCAUUCCACCCUCUGCCUCAUUAAACCUGACAGGUUCAGAAUUGAAGCCUGACCUCUAAGGAAAGGCCCUUAGAGGUCAUCUCAUUCAGGCUGUUUGGUUUUCAUUUGGGGCUACUGAGUUUCAGAUAAGGGAAAUGACUAGCCCAAGGUCACACAGUAGCCUGGGACCAGAGCCCAGGGCCAGUGAGUGUAUUCAUCACGGCACUGAUGGAACACAGCUGCCACCAUCACAGGCUGCCCACCCAAGCCAGCCUCCCAAACUCCCCAUGUAAGCUAGCCUUCCAAAGCCUGCUCCCUGGGCUGCUGCUUCAAGUGGAGAAACCCGACGUCGUGGUCCAGCGCAGGACUUCCAGUUGUUCUUCUUGGGAGAACAGCAAUGAGCCCAAGCAGGAACACAGGGACAGGGAUCUCCCUCUUGCUCCUUCACUCAUUCACUUGGGUCACUUCACCCCCUGAGCCUUAGUUUUCUCAUCUGUAAAAAUGGGGAUCAUCACAUGCUACUCACAUAAAUUUAUGGUGAGGAUUUUUUAAAAACAUGUAGAAAGCGACUGCCAUGAUGUGCAGUCUCUUCACAGAGGUGUAUUUGCAGAAUAUUUUUUCUUACCAAAAGCUAAAAAGUGAAAGAGGGGUUAGGAAUGUGGGCAGUGGGGGAAGCUCUGUGAUGACUAGCUGUGUGGCCUUGGGCAGGUAACUUCACUUCUCUGAAUUUCCAUUUCCUCGUCUAGAAAAUGCGGGGAAUGUUAGCAGGUUCCUCCAGGGGCCGCUGUGAGGAUUGAAUUUGCUAACACAUGCAAGGCACCGGAGCAGUGCCUGGCCUGGGUGGUCCAGGUGCAGUAGUGAUAGCUGCCCUUUCUAUUGUGAAGAUACUGUCAUUGUUAUCCUCUUUGGUCAGGGGCUAAGAUGUUACUGAACAGGUGGCCCUAAGAUUGCUUCUGCCCUUUUUGCUGCUUCCAUCCUCUCCCUGAUCACCUCCUUCUAUUCCCUUCCAUCCUCACCAAUCUGACCAUGAAAUUUAAAAAGUAUACAUUUUAAAAGAAAGCCAGAGUGGCCCUGAGAAGAGGCUGGGAGGGUCCACAGAGUCUGAGCUGAAUCAGUGUGAAUUUCUGACCCUCCACCUCAAAGAUGUAUUUAGGACAGAAUGUGUUGGCUUCAGCCAUGAGCCCCUGCUCUCUCUCAAUGCUGCCUAUGCAGCUAGCCCCUGCUACUUUGGUCCCAGCAGGGUGGCCAAAGCCAGCAAAGAAUCUGUGUUUGUUUCUCCUGCUCCCAUCCCACCCAAUAAGAAUUUGGCAGGACGGGGUCUCCUCAAAUCUCCCUCCAGCCCCCUCCUCCUCAGAGUACAGGGGGAAGCUGGUAAAUUCAGUUCCUACUGAACCUUUGGACCAGACCACAGACACCUGCAGGUCCAACAGUGCCUUUCUGUUGUCAGCAAGGGAGGGCACAUGGUCCUGGGAUGCCUCUCUUGUCCAAAGGCUGCCCCAGACAACUUGGCAUUGUUCAAAGCCCUUUGCCCUUUCUUGAAGCUAGGUUCCCAGCCCUUUCCUGGGAGUUUAUACAUUGUCUACACCUGCUUCCCCACUACCAGCACCCUCAUUUCUCUGCUGUGCCUUUGUUGGUUGUUUGCACAGGUCCUGAGCACCUGGUGUUCACCAGUCACCAUGAUAGUCAACAUUCACCUUUCUCAUUCACUGGUGGUCUUCACUGCAAUCCUGUGUGGAAGCUUGCUUUUUGCUGAGAAAGCUUCCUGCGCUGGAAGAUGGCACCCUUCCCCAUCCAGACACCUUGGGAAUGAAUUAUGAGGGAGCCAGGAGUGAGAGAGAGAACCACGCUGCUGAUGACUCCGAGGGAGGAGCCCUGGACAUGUGCUGCAGUGAGAGGCUACCGGGUCUCCCCCAGCCGAUAGUGAUGGAGGCCCUGGACGAGGCCGAAGGGCUCCAGGACUCACGGAGAGAGAUGCCGCCACCCCCUCCUCCCUCGCCGCCCUCAGAUCCAGCUCAGAAGCCACCGCCUCGAGGUGCCGGGAGCCACUCCCUCACUGUCAGGAGCAGCCUGUGCCUGUUUGCUGCCUCACAGUUCCUGCUUGCCUGCGGGGUGCUCUGGUUCAGCGGCUAUGGCCACGUCUGGGCACAGAACGCCACAAACCUCGUCUCCUCUUUGCUGACGCUCCUGAAACAGCUGGGACCCACGGCCUGGCUUGACUCUGGGACCUGGGGAGUCCCCAGUCUGCUGCUGGUCUCUCUGUCCAUGGGCCUGGUCCUCGUUACCACGCUGGUGUGGCACCUCCUGAGGACACCCCCAGAGCCACCCACCCCACUGCCCCCUGAGGACAGGCGCCAGUCAGUGAGCCGCCAGCCCUCCUUCACCUACUCUGAGUGGAUGGAGGAGAAAGUUGAAGAUGACUUCCUGGACCUGGACCCGGUGCCCGAGACUCCUGUGUUUGAUUGUGUGAUGGACAUCAAGCCUGAGGCCGACCCCGCCUCGCUCACCGUCAAGUCCAUGGGUCUGCAGGAGAGGAGAGGCUCCAAUGUCUCGCUGACCCUGGACAUGUGCACUCCGGGCUGCAACGAGGAGGGCUUUGGCUACCUCAUGUCCCCCCGUGAGGAGUCCGCCCGCGAGUACCUGCUCAGCGCCUCCCGUGUCCUCCAAGCAGAAGAGCUUCACGAAAAGGCCCUGGACCCUUUCCUGCUGCAGGCGGAAUUCUUUGAAAUCCCCAUGAACUUCGUGGAUCCCAAAGAGUACAACAUCCCUGGGCUGGUGCGGAAGAACCGGUACAAAACCAUACUUCCCAACCCUCACAGCAGAGUGUGUCUGACCUCACCAGACCCUGACGACCCCCUGAGUUCCUACAUCAAUGCCAACUACAUCCGGCCUGGACUUGGCUGGCCGCAGGGCUACGGUGGGGAGGAGAAGGUGUACAUCGCCACUCAGGGACCCAUCGUCAGCACGGUCGCCGACUUCUGGCGCAUGGUGUGGCAGGAGCACACGCCCAUCAUUGUCAUGAUCACCAACAUCGAGGAGAUGAACGAGAAAUGCACCGAGUAUUGGCCAGAGGAGCAGGUGGUGUACGACGAUGUUGAGAUCACUGUGCGGAAAGUCAUUCACACGGAGGAUUACCGGCUGCGACUCAUCUCCCUCAAGGAGUUCACACAUACCCGGGGUGGGCCUCUGUCUCCUCGACAGAGUGGGACUGAGGAGCGAGGCCUGAAGCAUUACUGGUUCACAUCCUGGCCCGACCAGAAGACCCCAGACCGGGCCCCCCCACUCCUGCACCUGGUGCGGGAGGUGGAGGAGGCAACCCAGCAGGAGGGGCCCCACUGUGCCCCCAUCAUCGUCCACUGCAGUGCAGGGAUUGGGAGGACCGGCUGCUUCAUUGCCACCAGCAUCUGCUGCCAGCAGCUGCGGCAGGAGGGUGUGGUGGACAUCCUGAAGACCACGUGCCAGCUCCGUCAGGACAGGGGCGGCAUGAUCCAGACAUGCGAGCAGUACCAGUUUGUGCACCACGUCAUGAGCCUCUACGAAAAGCAGCUGUCCCACCAGUCCCCCGAAUGACUGCGCUUCUCCUGCAAGGUUCUCUGGGCACUGCCCAGCCUGAGUCUCGGCCCUCACCCAGGGCCCCGCCUUGGGUCCUGGGCCUGCUCCCCGCUUCCUCCCCUUCAGUCAGCUCCCUCUGUCCUCUCUGUCAGCCUGGCCUGGCCCCUACCCUCCAGCAUUGCUCUUCCUACUGUACAUAUUGAGGAGUGGGGGCAGGGUCGGGGAGGGACAUGCCAGGCCGGGCCUGGGGCCCCAGGGCCUGAUCCACACCACACAGACCCCGGGCCCCAGUUUUUAACGAUGGUCCCAUCAGUACCUGAUCCAGAACGUUUCCGUGCCACACUCUGUGUCCUGCUGCAGUGUGUUCUGUCUGUCCGUCCAUCUCUGCUGUCUGUACCGGACACUGUGUCUCCUCGGCCAGGAAGGAGUAAUGAGCUCCAGCCCCUAAGCAACCUGGGCGGACUUGCCUGCCUUGGCCUCACCCGCACUUCUCCCAAAAGGCAGAUGACUGGGAGUUAGGCAUGGGGAGCUCCGGAGGGCUACCAGAGUUCCAGCUGAGGGAGAGGUCUCUAGGUUGGAGUGGGCAUCACAGCCAGGGUGGCCUCUGGGUGUCAGAUGCCCUCAGGAGGGUGCCCAGCCUGGGAGGCACUGGCGAGGAAGGGGGCAGAUGGGGCGUGGAGAACCCAGAGGAUCUGGGCCCUGUUGGGGAGGGGAGGGGAGCUCAAGGUUUGGGUGGGGACUCAGCCCCAGAUCUGUGUGAGACAUUUUUCGUGUCACUGUGGGAAAGCCUUCCCAGAAGUCUCACUGCGUGUCGCUCUGCGUGUGUUCCCAUGUCCAUGCGUGUGUUGAGAGCCCACCAGGAGGCCAUGCAUGACUCUGGCAACGUGUGUUAUCUUGGAGCCACGUGUUUUUAUUGCUGACUUUAAAUAUUUAUCCCACGGCAGACAGAGACAUUUGGUGUCUUUUUAUAAUUCGCUCGUGGUCAUUGAAUAGAGCAAUAAACGGAGCAUUUUGAGCAAAACUAA